AUGUCUCACGUUCACCCCCGUCAGGGUCCCAUUGUGAUGGUCAUAGAUUUUCACCAUGCAAGAGGCCCUGAAAUCGAGUUAUGCUUCGGAGACGAUGGAGGCGAUCCGGCUGCGGAGAACGACUGGUCCUUGUUGCCAUUUAUGGCCUUAUCUGACGGCGCGCAUCUGUCCACCGAAGAGUUCUCAUAUUUCACCGUCCGCCGGAAGGAGACCCCGUCGCAGCCUGCCACCUCCCUGUUCGGCAUCUCCUGUUCUCGACAGAUCGACUCCAACAUCCUCCUCUACCGACCACCAGACGUGACAAGAUCGACGGUGCAGAAGGCGGUGGUCGUGAUAACGGACAGCCCCCAGAGGCUGGGACAGCUAAGGGAGAAGCUCUCCAUUGUCACGUCGGCCUGGUUUGCGCAACGCGAUUUUUCGGACUCGGAUAUUUUGAAAAAAUUUCGGGAAGGCCUGGUCAUCAGCUUGAAGAAAGAUGAGGACACGAAGGAUCACAAUUUGGGGCUCUCCCUGCGGGAAAUGAUCCAUGAGUUCAAAUACCAGACUUUGGUUCUGUUCAAAGCCUUGCUUCUGCAACCAAAGAUGCUAUUCUUUGGCACGAAGUGUGAACGACUGUGCAUGAUCCAAUUUUCUCUGGUCUCCCUGAUACCGGGUCUCAUGAACCGCUUGGAAGACUCUGCCGACCCAGCGUUUGACACCUAUGCGCAAACAGUAGAAAAGCCGACAUCCCUGAAGACAAGUGACAGAAACUCCUUACUGGCAUACAUGGGCUUGCCGUUGCAAAUAUUUGGCAAGGGAAGCAUGUUUGGCCCUUACACUCCGCUACAGCAGCUGGACUUGCUGGCAGAUCAUGGAACCAAAUCAUAUGUCGUGGGAUCUACAAAUUCUUUAUUGCUGCAGCAGAAGGAUCGCUACAGCGAUAUAUUGGUCAACCUUGAUGAGGACACUCUCACCAUAAAUUCUCCGUCUCUCCGAAAUGCAUUGGCCCUCUCUGUUGCGGAUAGGCGUUGGAUUGACCUCCUCACUCAGAUCAUCAAUGAAACCUGGGAUGAUGCGCAUCCCCAACAGCCGAAGACUCACGGCUACAUGGGCUCGGAAGAGUUCAUCAGGCUCCAAUUUGAAGAGUACCUGUUGGCGCUGCUCGCUUGCAUGCAAUACCACGAGGAGCUUAGUUCGUCGACGACUGGUGAACCAGGUGGGCGAAGCCGGGCCCAACUGGAAGCGUACAACAUCGAGGGCGACCCCGCCUUGGAAUUCAACGCUGAAUUCUUGGCACAGUGGAGAAAUACACCCAACUAUGCAUUGUUCAAACGUCUCACCUCUGAUGCACUAUUAUUCUCGAUUGUUGAACCUCGCCACCCGUGCGCAGGGGGUCUGACAAUCGAUGAUGUUCAACGGCGUGUAACCCAGCAAGUCGCGGAGCUGCAUUUAGACGAGCGCGUGCGAGAAGGCCGUGAGGCUCUGAACCGGCAUUUAUCGACGGGUCAGAGAAAAGUAAGUGCGGCCUUCAACAGCUUCUGGGCAGAUGUCGAAUCGAUGCGGGAGGCCCAGCGGAAGAAGAAUGAAGAGAAAACAACACCUUCACAGCGGUCAUCACUGGACAGAGGAUCCCGAAACUCGCCUCCGUUCUCACCUUCCGAUACAGCAUCAGUUCAUUCAACCGGAGGGUCUUCGUGGCUUGCUGGACGUAAGGCCCCCGCGGUGGAUAUAACACAAGCACAGGCUUCCGUUAGCGCUGUGAGCCAGAAGGCUGGCGCGUAUCUCAGCUCUUGGGGCUCAUGGGCUAGCGAGAAACGGAAAGAAUGGCAGGAGAAAAAGACCACGCCCACGUCGCCCAUUACAUCUUCGCCCUCUGUUCCCACAUUGAGCAGCAGCACCGAAGCCAGCGAAGCCGACCGAGACAGACUCUCCAUGCAGUCGCGUCGGAGUGAGGACUUUUCUACGCUGUCCCGAAGCGGGAGUAGGAGGAAGCGGUGGAGUAAUAUACUGCUCCGGCGCGAAAGUGGCGAGUUCAGUCGCAAGGAUGAAACGACAGGUGACAGUGACGAGCAAGAAGCUACGUACCCAAAGUCACCCCUGUCGCAAGAGGCCCCAGCUCUUGGUGAGGGGGCUCAUAGCGAAACAACAGCUAGUCGGUCGGAGUACACAACUCCACACCAAGCCGACAACCAGGAGAAUGAAGAGCACGCCCUCGUCGAGAACAGGUUGCCUACGGCCAUUGUAACCCGAAAAGAAACCCCAUCGCAAGAUUCUCCGACUCUCGGUGCUGGGGCCGACGGCGAGGCAACGGCUGGUCAGUCGGAGCAUACGACCCAGCCCAAGGCUGACAAUCAGGAGAAUGGAAAGCCUGCUGCCAUUGAUAACACCUUGCUUGCGGCAACCGAGAACCGGCAAGAAUCCCCGUCGACGCCGUGUAGCAUUAAAGAACUACCUCCGAACACUUCCAAUAUACCCACCGAGAAAGCAAGCGAACCAUGACCACUUCCGCAUGGCACAUGGCCAUGAGUUUGAUUUCAGCCGAACCUUCUUCAUGUCUUAUUAAUAUCCCCCGGUCUGAAUAUGUGUGAGUAUAUAGGGACUCCUUAAUAUCUUGUUCACC